UCCUGGGUCACCGGGGCUUCGUUACUUCGUCGCCUCCUCACCUGCGGCGCGUCCCGGGCCGCUGCCUCCCGGAACCGGGUGCCCGCCGCCGCCGCCGCCGCCGCCAUGGUGUCCCCGGUCACUGUGGUGAAGAGUGAGGGACCCAAGCUGGUGCCCUUCUUCAAGGCUACCUGUGUGUAUUUCGUGCUCUGGCUGCCCUCGUCCAGCCCAUCGUGGGUCAGCGCCCUCAUCAAGUGCCUGCCAAUCUUCUGCCUCUGGCUCUUCCUCUUGGCCCAUGGCCUGGGAUUCCUGCUGACCCACCCCAGUGCUACCCGCAUCUUCGUGGGGCUUGUCUUCUCUGCCAUAGGCGACGCCUUCCUCAUCUGGCAGGACCAGGGUUACUUUGUCCACGGUCUGCUGAUGUUUGCUGUGACCCACAUGCUCUACGCCUCGGCCUUUGGCAUGCGGCCACUGGCUCUUCGGACAGGUCUGCUGAUGGCAGUAUUGUCGGGCCUGUGCUAUGCCUUCCUCUACCCAAACCUCACGGGUGCCUUCACCUACCUGGUGGGGGUCUAUGUGGCCCUUAUCGGCUUCAUGGGGUGGCGAGCAAUGGCGGGGCUACAGCUGGUCGGAGCAGCCUGGCGCUGGACUGAGCUAGCGGCGGGCAGUGGCGCACUGCUAUUUAUUGUCUCAGACCUGACCAUCGCCCUCGACAAGUUCUGCUUCCCUGUGCCCUACUCACGGGCAUUCAUCAUGUCCACCUACUACGCCGCCCAGAUGCUCAUCGCCCUGUCAGCUGUUGAGAGCCGGGAGCCAGUGGAGGACUACCGACUGAGCAAGGCCAAAUGAGGGUCAGGUUCUGGUCACCUCUCUCUUCUCCUGGGACUGGAGUCCAGAACCUGGGCGUCUGCCAGAGCUGGAUUGAGAUGACCACAGUACCAACCUGGGGCAGCAGGUACCACCUGUGAAAUGUGCAAGUUUGAGGGAUAAGUAGAAAAAAGAUUCUAGCAAAGCUAGUGGUCCAGGACCAUGCUGAGAACUAAAAAAAGCCAGCCUAAUGCUCCUUGCCGGAGCCAGGAUCUUCCCACCUCUACCCCAUCCAGACUGUCAGAGCCCCUCUGGAGGGCUGUGGUGCUCAGCCUCUUGACCUCCCCCACUUCUGCUAGAUGGAAGAGUCUGACUCACCCACUUCCACUCUUUCUGAUUUACGCAGAGUUGAGUGAGGAAGGGAAGAGUCUGUGCUGAGAUGCCCAGGGCUUGAAGCCCCUUUCCCAGGCCCCUAGGUGGAAAGACUGGAUGAGGGUGGAGUCUCCCUUUCCUGCAUCUAUCCUUGUUACUUGAACAAUCUUAAUGUCUAAGUGUUGGGUGGGAAGGUGGAGGGGUGUCUGUCUAGGUAGGCAAGAUUGGGGACUACUUUGGCCUUGGGAGUUCUGCGUACCAAGGAUUCAAGUUGGUCCCAUCUCUCAAAGGGCAUCCCAGAGUUCAGGCCCCACACCACUACCCUCAGACCCUAUCCCCAGGGCUAGGGUGAACCAUGCCAAAGGAAGGGGCCAGCCUCUGUGUGUGUGUGUGUGUGUGUGUGUGUGUGUGAGUGUGUGAGUCUUGUUUGUAUGGUCUGUCUCCCAGCCUACCUAUGUCUUACUCUGCCAGCUGUCUCUGACCUGCUGUGUGUCAAAGUCUUACAGGGAGAGGGCUUCAGGGAGCUGCUGAGGGGUUGCUGAGCCUGGCUCAGGUAGCUUGGCACCCCCCACAUACACACCCACUCUCAGUUCUUUCCUCCUUGCCCCUCCUGCACUGGGAGCAAGAGGAACGGGCUCCAAUGACACUCUAGGGUCAUAAGACCCAAGGCACAUUCAAUGCAAGGGGAGCAAGGAUGGGACAACUCCAUCCUGUUGCUCACAUGAAAAAAAAAAAAAAAAAAAACAAGAGUCACUGGCUGCCCUGCUUGUCUGCCUGUGUGGCACGUGCCUGUCCUGGAGAGGUGGGGGUGGGGCAUGGCACCAGGGGCCCUGGAUGUCCUCACAGCGCGGGUCACAGUCCUGUCCAGUGCAUGUUGGCAUCAGGCCGGCUCCCUGGCUCUGGUGACACUGUCCUGGUUGGAGUAGGUCUCUUUCUGGUCACGUGUGUGGGUAAGGAUGUAGUUCGGGAGGAUAGGGGAUGGGUAGUAGUUGCCACCAUCCAAACUUGUCCUUAAUGCCCUCCCCUAUGCACAGGUGCCCCGCGUCUCAUUACUUGGUGUCCUCAACUGCUAGCCACCUCCUCCCCUCCCCAGCCCAGACUUGCUACCUGCUCCAGAAUAAUCUAGAUUCCCUUCAUGCUUCUCCUCCUCCCUGGAGUCUGGGCUCAGCUGAACAGCUGGGAGGAAUGAGAUUAGAUUGUAUGAUUCAUGCUUUAGAUGUGAAGCCCUGGCAGAAUAACGUGUCACCUGACUCCAGGGGCAUUUUCAUCUUAAUGGGCAGUUCCCUGACCCAGAGUAAAAAGGGAAGUCAUGGAUGGUAAUGAAUACUCCAUCAGGAGAGGGGUUGUACAGUUGUGGGGAUGUGGUAGACUCAAGCCCCGUAUGGAUGUUGGAUGAAUCAGUAAUUUUCAAACUAGCAUCUGUACAGAGAUUAGUGUUGGGAGCUGAAAGUGAAAGUCACUCAGUCCAUCUGACUCUUUGCGACUCCAUGGACAAUCCAUGGAAUUCUCGAGGCCAGAAUGCUGGAGUCGGUAGUCUUUCUCGUCUCCAGGGGAUCUUCCCAACCCAGGGAUCAAACUCAGGUUCUCCCACAUUGCAGGCCAAUUCUUUACCAGCUGAACCACCAGGGAAGCCCUGCUGGUGGGAACUAGCAAAAGAAUAAAGUAGAGGAGGGAGGUUCAAAGACCCCCAUCCUUGUUUCAAGUCCAGUAGCUUAAAAUUUUUUUAAGGAAGAGUUUGCUGCUGUCAGACAUAGUGAGGUGGAUGACCAAUCCUAUUUCAGAUUCUCUAAUUCUCAGGAGGAAUAUGCAUGAGUGUGUGCUCGGUCGCUGAGUUGUGUCCCCCUGGACUGUAACACACAAUGCUCCGCUGUCCAUGGGAU